AAUUUCAUCUCUUUGUGUUUUAUUUGCUACUCUGAUCAUCACUCGUUGCUGUUGAGAUCAUGGCAUUAGCUGUGGUAGGUGGUGCGCUCCUUUCUGCUUUCAUUGACGUUCUUUUUGACAGGCUAGCUUCUCCUGAGCUUGUCAAUUUGAUCCGUGGGAAGAAGCCUGACAAGUUGCUUCAAAAGGUGGAGAAGCAGCUGAUAGUUAUUAGAGUUGUGCUUGCUGAUGCUGAGAAUCGACAAAUCACAGACCCCAAUGUCAAAAAGUGGCUAGAUGUUCUCAAAGAUCUUGUCUACGAGGUUGAUGACUUACUUGAUGAAGUUUCUACUAAAGCUGCUGCUCAAAAGGAGUUACGCAAUUCCUUUUCUCGCCUUUUCAAAAGGAACAAGAUUGUUAGUAUUAGUAAGAUCGAAGACAUAGUUGAAAGAUUGGAUGACAUUUUAAAACAAAAGGAGAGUCUCGGUUUGAAAGAUAUUCCAGUGGAGUGCUAUCAGCCAUGGAAAGCUCAUCAAACAUCUUUGGAAGAUGGUUAUGGUAUGUACGGUAGAGAUAAAGAUAAGGAAGCCAUAUUGAAAAUGGUGUUAGAGGAUAGCACUGAUGGUGAACCGGUGUCUGUGAUCCCUAUUGUAGGCAUGGGUGGGGUUGGAAAAACCACUUUGGCAAGAUCUGUGUUCAACGAUGACAAAUUGAAGCAGCAGAUAUUUGAUUUAAAGGCAUGGGUUUGUGUUUCUGAUUUAUUUGAUAUUGUGAAGGUCACUAGAACUAUGAUAGAAGAAAUUACCCGAAAGGCUUGUAAAUUGAGUGAUCUAAAUGCCCUUCAACUUGAGUUGACGGACAAACUGAAAGGUAAGAGAUUCUUGAUUGUCUUGGAUGAUGUUUGGAUCGAGGAUUGUGACAAUUGGAGUUGUCUUACAAAACCAUUUCUAAGCGGGAUUAGGGGCAGUAAAGUUCUGGUCACAACUCGCAAUGAAAAUGUAGCGGUUGCAGUGUCUUUUCAUACUGUUGAAGUAUAUCGUCUAAACAAAUUGUCAACUGAAGAUUGUUGGUUGGUGUUUGCAAACCAUGCAUUUCCUCUCUCAGUAGACAGUCGAAGUAGAGGAACUCUAGAAAAGAUUGGAAAGGAGAUUGUUAAAAAGUGCAAUGGGUUGCCUUUAGCUGCACAGUCACUUGGAGGAAUGUUGAGAAGAAAACACACCGUUAGGGAUUGGAAUAAUGUACUCGAAAGUGACAUUUGGAAACUUCCUGAAGGUCAAUGUAAAAUUAUUCCAGCACUUAGUAUUAGUUAUAAUUAUCUCCCUCCACAUUUGAAACGGUGUUUUGUUUAUUGCUCACUGUAUCCCAAAGAUUUUAAUUUUAAAAAGGAUGAACUGAUCCAGUUGUGCAUGGCAGAAGAUCUUGUAAUAGCACCAAACAAAGGAAAGACAUUAGAAGAAGUUGGUGACGAGUAUUUUGAUGAUUUGGUUUUGAGAUCUUUUUUUCAACUUUCAUACAGUUGGGCUCGGGGUAGUUAUUUUGUAAUGCAUGACCUUAUGCAUGAUCUAGCAGCAUUCCUUGGAGGGAAAUUCUAUUUCAGAGCAGAUGAACUUGGAAAAAAAACAAAAAUCGAUAGAAAAACUCGUCAUUUGUCAUUUACUAGAUUCAGUGAUCCAGUCUCGGACAUUGAAGUUUUUGACAUAGUAAAAUUUCCAAGAACUUUUUUGCUGUUCAAAUUUAAAGAUUCUCUAUUCAACAAUGAAAAGGCACCACGUAUUGUAGUGUCGAUGCUUAAGUACUUGAGAGUUUUGUCCUUCUCUUACUUCCAAGGUCUGUUUGCUCUGCCUGAUUCAAUUGGUGAAUUGAUCCAUUUGCGUUAUCUAAAUCUAUCGUUUACAAGUAUAAAAACUCUGCCGGAGUCAUUGUGUAAUUUGUGGAAUCUACAGACUUUGAAGUUGUCUUUUUGCCGAGAGUUGACUAAGUUGCCUAAGUUGACUAAGUUGCCUAGUGACAUGCAAAAUCUUGUAAACUUGUGUUAUCUUGAAAUUCUGAACACUCCCAUUAAAGAGAUGCCUAAAAGAAUGGGAAAACUGAAUAAAUUACAGAGGUUGGAUUUCUAUAUUGUGGGCAAGCAUAUAGAGAAUAGCAUCAAAGAAUUGGGAGGACUUCCAAAUCUAAGUGGGUCGUUUGCUAUUAAGGCACUGGAAAAUGUUACCAAAGGCGAAGAAGCAAUAGAAGCCAAUAUAAUGGAUAAAAAGCAUAUUUACGAUCUAUCCUUGGAAUGGUCUAUAGGUAAUGAUAAUAGCAUCAACUUCGAAACUGAAUUAGAUGUACUCAGCAAGUUAAAACCUCAUCAAGACCUGAAAUCAUUGUUAAUAGCGGGUUAUAAUGGAGCCAAAUUUCCAGAUUGGGUAGGGAAUUUUUCCUACGGCAACAUGACAAGUGUAAGUUUAUAUAAUUGUGACAACUGUUGCAUGCUUCCUUCAAUGGGGCAACUACCAUCUCUCAAGUCUCUCUGGAUUUCACGCAUGAAUUCCGUGAAGACUAUUGAAGAAGGCUUUCAUAAGAACGAAGAUGGUUCAUCUGUGACUCUAUUUCCCUCUCUUGAAUGGCUACAGAUUUCUUAUAUGCCUUGUUUGGAGGUGUUGAAUUUCUUUGAUUCAGAAGCUUUUCCUGUGCUUGAGUCUCUUUAUAUUAAUUACUGCCCCAACCUAAGGGGAGAUUUGCCAGAAAACCUACCUGCUCUGAAAUCUCUCAACAUUAAAAUUUGCGAGCUUCUUGUCUCUUCUGUCACAAGGGCUCCCACCCUUCGAAGAUUAGAGAUACACAAAAGCAACAACGUAGUGUUUCAUGAGUUUCCUCUUUUGGUGGAAAGUAUAGACGUAGAAGGAGGCCCAAUGGUAGAGUCCAUGAUGGAGGCCAUCACUAACAUCCAACCUACUUGCCUCCAAUCUUUAACAUUACAGAAUUGUUCGUCAGCCAUAUCAUUUCCAGGUGAUUGUCUUCCUGCAUUUCUGAAAACUCUUGAGAUCAGUGGUUUAAAGAAACUGAAAUUCCCUACUCAACACAAACACGAAUCACUAACAUCACUGUCAAUAAAUAAUAGUUGUGAAUCGCUAACAUCUCUUCAAUUGGCUAUCUUCCCAAGCUGUGAAAAUAUGGAAUCCCUUUUGGUCUCAGGGUCAGAAUCGUUGAAGAGUUUGAAUUCUUUAGAGAUUGAACAAUGUCCCAACUUUGUAUCAUUCCCGGGAGAGGGAUUUUGUGCACCCAAUUUGACUCGUUUCCUAAUUUGUGAUUGUGAGAAGUUGAAGUCGUUGCCCGAUCAAAUGAGAACUCUUCUUCCAAAAAUGGAAUAUCUUAACAUAUCUAACUGCCAACAAAUAGAGUCAUUCCCUGAAGAGGGUAUGCCACCUAACAUGAGAACAGUUUGGAUCGAAAAUUGUGAGAAACUACUAAGAAGUAAAACAUGGGUAUGCAUGGACAUGGUUACCUCUCUCUAUCUGUGUGGUCCAUGUGAUGGCCUCAACUCCUUCCCGGAGGAGGCUUUGCUGCCUCCCUCCCUUACGUCUCUGGUUCUACGUGAUUUUUCAAGUCUGGAGACGUUGGACAGCAAGGGCUUUCUCCAUCUCACUUCGCUACGAGAAUUGGACAUUGUAAAUUGUAAAAAGCUGGAGAAUAUCACAGGAGAAAGGCUGCCUUCCGCUCUAAUAAAAUUAAGCAUACGGGACUGUCCAUUACUGCAAAAACGAUGCCACAAGAAGGACCGUAAAAUUUGGCCUAAAAUCUGCCAUGUCCGUGGGAUAAAGAUGGACGAUAGAUGGAUUCAAUGAACAAGGAUGAUGAGCAGCAUGCUAGAUUGGCUUGGAGAAACUGCGCCUGUAUAUGGAUUUGAAUUCAACUUUGAAUAAGAUCUCAACAGAUUGAAUUUUAGAUGGAAGCCUUUUCAUGAGGUACAAUGUGGUGGAUUGAAAGCUAUACAAACUAACUAGAAGCAUCUUUGUUAUUGCUUUUGCAGUCAGGCAUA